AGGGCACCUCAGUGCUUCCAGCUGCGCCAAGACACUGAGCUGCCCAGGAACAGGAGGAAAACAACUCGCCGAGCUCCCCGCGGCCUCUGCGAAAGCUGCAUGUUCUGGCUGUAGGGCCGGCGUCGAGCCACAGCCUCUGCCCCUGCUGGAACAAAACCGCUGGCCGCGCGUCCCACCCCACCAUGGCAUCCCCUUUGUUCUUGUCGCGGGGAGCCCUGCCCCGCUUGGCUUACUACAGGCUGGCCGGUCGCAGCCCCGGCAUCGUCUUCCUCUUGGGCUUCCACGACACCAGGGCGAACCCCAAGUGCCUGGCCGUGGAGCAGUUCUGCCAGGAGUCGGGACGGGCUUUCCUGAGCUUUGACUACACGGGCUGCGGCAGCUCAGAGGGGUGUUUUGAGGACUGUUUGAUGGGCCACUGGAAAAACGAUGUUCUAACAGUGCUGGAUGAACUCACCAGCGGGCCGCAGAUCCUCGUUGGUGUCAGCAUGGGAGGCUGGCUCAUGCUUUUAGCAGCCCUGGAGCGGCCAGGGAGGGUGGCUGGGCUGGUGACCACAGGAAUCGGGGCAGAUGCCUUCCUAAUGCUGUACAGAGAGCUCCCUCCGGAGGUGAAGGGCGAAGUGGAGCAGACGGGAGUCUUGAACUACGUGAUAGCUGGGGCCGGGUCUGUGCUACUUAAGCGGGAGUUCUUUACGGAGGCGGAGGAGCACAGCGUGCUGGGGCGCCCGUCCAUCCCCAUCACCUGCCCCGUCCGGCUGCUCCAUGGCAUGCAGGACCAGUUCAUACCCUGGGGCAGGGCCGUGCAGGUGGCUGAGCAGCUGGAGAGCCAGGAUGUCCGCAUCACGCUGUUCAAGGAUGGGCAGCACGGCCUGAGGGGAGUGGAGGAGGUGAGGGUGCUCGUGGGGACGGUCAGGGACCUUGCUGAGAGCCUGCAGAGAGAGCCAGGCCUCAGAGAGAGACUGGAAGCUGCUGUGACGACAGAGCCCACUGAUGGGGCAGCGGUGACCAGCUAAGGAGCCCUUUCUGGGCCACGCUGAACCUAGCCCCAUCUAAUCCGUUAAUGAAGAGAUUGCGUAGUGCUGGCUCCCCACUGCCCAAAGGCCCAAGCCGACCCCAUUAGCACCAGGAGGUGCUCAGAGCCUGGGCUUGCUAAUGAGCUCCCUGCAGGGGUGAGGUGACUGCACUCAGCUUGUAGCGCUGGGUGAGUCUGCUAAUGGCCAGUGCAUCUGGAAAGUGGCUGCUGGGGGGGGAUUGGCUGCCACAGCGAUUGAACGUGGGGUCUCUGGGUCCAGAAUAGAAACAUGGCUCAACACCCUGCCCUCCAGAAACACUGGAGAAAACCCAAAAAGGGCUCAGGUCUUUGAGAAAAACAUUAAACUUUCCUGAAAAAAUUCA